AAGCCAGAGUCCUCUGCCACUGACAAUUCGAGGUAAACUGGAAGCUGUUAAAAGCAACUCGACAAAAGUCACAGGUUUGUCCGAUGCAGUACUGCAGCACGCGGGGUGGGGUCCAUGGACGGGACUUCCGGGAUGUGCUGUUUUCAGGCUACGCUCCAGACGGGGGGAUGUUCAUGCCCGAGAGUGUGCCUGUGCUGAGCCCAGACACCCUGAGGGGCUGGAGGGGGCUGACCUACACCAAACUGGUGGUGGAGGUUGCCUCACUGUUCAUCCCCACUCAGCUGAUCCCCAGAGAAGACCUGGAGGUCCUAGUGGGUGAAGCCCUGUCUGGUUUCUCAGUGCCUGAGGUGUUGAGAAUCGCCUGGCUGAAGGAGGGUCUGUCAGUGCUGGAGCUCUUCCAUGGAGACACCUUGGCCUUUAAGGACCUGGCUAUGACCUGCACUGUGCGCUUCCUCGACUACUUCCUGCGAAAAGAGAACCGCAGAGCUACUGUUCUUGUAGGUACAUCAGGGGACACAGGUGGCUCGGCCAUCCAGAGCGCCAAAGGUCUCAGUGGGUUGGAUGUGGUGGUUAUUUACCCCCGAGGACGCAUCACUCCAGUCCAAGAAAAACACAUGAUCACCUGCCUGGAGGACAAUGUCCAUGUGUUUGCAGCAGACGGCAGCUCAGAUGACAUAGAUCAGCCUCUGCGGUGUCUUUUUGCCGACCAGGAGCUGGUCAGGUCUCACGGCCUGUUGAGCCUCAACUCAGUCAACUGGUCUAGAGUCAUGAUCCAGCUCGCCCACUUCAUCUAUGCUUACCUGGAGCUCAGUGGUAUGGAGCAGGCCGAGACCGACGGGGACCUGCCUGAGCUGGAGGUGGUGGUGCCCACUGGAGGAGCGGGAAACAUUGCAGCUGGCUACAUUGUAAAGCAGAUGGGAUUGCCCCUGAAGCUGGUGGCCAUGGUGAAUUCUAAUGACAUCGUGCACAGGACGGUAACCAGCGGGGACUUUUCCAUGGCAGCUAAUGUCACACAAACUUUGGCUCCUGCUAUAGACAUCCAGGACCCAUACAACAUGGAGCGAGUGUUCUGGCUGCUGCUAGGCAGAGAUGGAGCUGCAGUGAAGAACAUGAUGGAGGAGUUUCAACAAUCAUAUAGACACUCUCUGCAGGAAAACAACCACAAGCUAUUGUCACAGGUUUUAUCCUCUGGAACAGUGACUGAUGAAGGGAUCCUGGAGACCAUGAGGAGAUGCUGGGAGGAGAACCAGUAUGUCCUGUGUCCUCACACAGCUGUGGCUGUAUGGCAUCACUACCACUGUUCUCACAGCCCCGGGCUCAACAGGUGUUACAUUGCAACAGCAUCUCCAGCCAAGUUUCAGGCAGCAGUGCAGAAGGCUGGCCUGACCUUUGACCUACCUGAGGCAGUGCUGGCAUUGGACAAGUUGGCUAUCCGUUACGAGAACCUGGAGAGAAGCCAGAACUGGUGCAAAGACUGGGAGGACAGACUGAGAGAGAAAAUCCAGUCUGUGAGUUCAGCCAGGAAAAGCAGAGGGACUUAUUACAUCUGAUUAGGAAAGAUUGUAAAAUAGGGUUUUACUUCAAAAACAAUUAACAAUUUCUCUGAGGGGAUCAAUAAAGUAUUUGGAUUCCGAAAACCUGAUUGGCCAUGAAACUGUAAAGGCAGGUGACUCUGGCAGCUUGUCCUUGAUCUAUGUACUUCCUUAUCUUAUCUUCUACAGUGAUGUCAUACACCACAAACCAAUCAACUUAUCACAAUGUUCAAUCUUCCUUCCACAACUGUAAAUGAAUGCUGAAUAAAAGAAAACUGAAGUUGAA